GGGGGUAGCCUCACUAUAACCUCUCCUCCUGGCACUCGGACACUCACAUCACUUCAUCCCAGAGCGACAGGACAUCAUCACCAUGACCAGAAGCGGGACCCUGCUGCUGCUGCUGCUGCUGCUGCUGCUGUGGGUGAAUCUCAUCACAUCUGCUCUGCUUACUGAUCUCAGCCAGAUCAAAGUUUACCCGAAGCAUGGCAGCAUCUCGGGCGUGUUCCACGCCUCCCUCUCAGCCGGCUACGCCUUCAACGCCUCCAGCGCCAGAGAGCUGUGUGAACAUCUGGGCGUGGCCAUCGCAGAUAAAGCACAGGUGAUCCGUGCUUCUACACAGGGCUUCCAAACGUGCAGGUUUGGGUGGAUAGAUGAACAAAUUGCUGUUAUUCCACGAAUUCAAGCCAAUCCAGCCUGCGGUCAAGGAAAAGUGGGAGUCAUAGUGUGGCGAGUUCAACUCACUGGAAAAUUUGAUGUCUACUGUUUCAAUUCAACAGAUUUUGAAGUUCAUGCCCAAGCAGCUACAACCAAAGAGCCACACAAGACACCAACUGUUACAGUGGCACCAAACACAUCCCAGUCAUCCACCAGUGGAGAUGUGAAACUGGUUAAAACCACUGCGUCAGAGCCAGACGACUUUUGGCCUGAUCUUCGUGCUACGUUCUCUGGAAGAUCUCACGCUCAUAGUCCUGUUCUGAACUAUCCAGAGGACAGGGAACAAGCCUUAGCCUUAAGCAGCACCAAAUCUACCAUUGGAGCCGUCCCGACCGCUCUGCUCAUCUCCACCAUCUUCACCUUCCUAAUGGCUGCCAUCGUAGCUGUUUGGUACUUCAAAACGGGCAGAUCUCCUCCGGGCGAGUGGGACGACGGGGAGCAGCAGCAGGAGUGUAUAGAGACUGAGGAGUGGGACACAAAGCAGCCUGAAGCUGAAGAGGAAAAGCAGCAGGCUGAGAGCGCUGAUGACGUCAGUGUGAGCGUGGACUGCGAGAACGAGAGCGAUACAGAAAGCAGAGAAGCUGAAUAAACUUCUACACACACUAUAAACCCACACAACCUUCAGCCGUCUUUCAGCCGCUAAAAAUGUCUGAGCAAAUGUAGCUAUUUAUUUUUUAUGCCAAACCAAUGUUUUGCUUUUUUAUUAGCGUUUAAUGCUUGUAUUUUUUAUAAAGUGUAUGUGUAUAGUAAUGUUUUUGAAUAAAAUGUAAAGUUUUUAAUGAA